CGCCGUUUUGCGACGCCGUGAGCAAGAAGAAGGCCGCAGACAGACAUCAUCAAAGAUCAUGGAGCGGAUCUUUGGACAUAAUUGACUUUAAAACAAGUAGACAUCUGGGGAUGGAUGCAUCACAGGGGCUUGGGAUUCCGACCGUGGAGUUGGCGAAUGGGUUCAACAUCCCAAUACUGGGUCUUGGCACAUCACAUGAUGGUGGCUAUUCCCACUCUUCAGUCCUGUAUGCCCUAAAAGAAUGUGGCAUUCGUCACAUUGAUACUGCAAAAAGAUAUGGCUGUGAAUCGUAUCUGAAUAAAGCCAUCAGAGAGAGUGGUGUAAAUCGUGAGAGUCUCUGGAUUACUACAAAACUUUGGCCUGGGGAUUAUGGCUAUGGAACAACAAAAGAAGCAUGUCUGGAAUCCUGCAGAAACCUCGGUGUGGAUUAUAUUGAUCUUUACCUCAUGCAUUGGCCUGAUGCAAAUGUCCCAGGAAAAACUAAUCGUGAACUUCGAGCUGAAACAUGGCAAGCAAUAGAAGAAUUAUACGAUGAAGGAAUCUGUCGAUCCAUAGGAGUGAGCAAUUUCCUCAUUUCUCAUUUAAAGCAGCUGAAGGAAGACUGUGACAUCAUCCCACAUGUCAAUCAGGCUGAAUAUCAUCCUUUCCAGAAGCCCCAGGAGCUAGUGGACUACUGCAGGAGCCAAGGAAUAGUCUUUGAAGGAUGUUGCCCUCUGGCCAAAGGCUUGGCUUUGUCACACCCCGAUAUCAUCAAAAAGGCAGAGAAAUACAAAUGCACGCCUGCUCAAAUCUGUAUACGCUGGAGCAUACAAAAUGGAAUUGUCACCAUUCCAAAAUCUACAAAGAAGGAAAGAAUUUGGGAAAAUUGCCAGGUGUUUGAUUUUUCACUCAGUGGGGAAGAUAUGGUAUCCCUAAAUUCACUUAAGAAUAACAGCAACAUUAUUACACUGACAUUCCCUUUAUGGAAGGAGCAUUGAUCUCAAACUGAACAAUCCACUGCCAAGAAUGGUCCCUCAGGUGAACAUGCUCUAUGGAUGUUAAGACACUAACGUUGACUAUAACCACUAUGACCACAAUCAUCACAUGGUUACUGAAGAUUUACAGUAUACUUGUCACACUUUGUUAUGCUACUUAGAGAACCUACUUGGAUUGAUGCUACUCCAGGAAAAUCUCAUCAGCUGUUUGUUCCCUCAAAUGGAAGGUCAUUUCUGUUGUUGAAUGUACAUUAAUUCACAUUUAUAGCACUGGGUGAUUUGCUUUAUGUCCUCGUUUCAUUUCAUCUCAUCUUUCAGUAACUCUCCACAAAAUGUGGUCUCAUAAACAGAUGGAACUAGAAGAGUCUUGCUACAAUUCUCCCCCGUACAGGCGGACCCUGCGUUACUGGGGGGGGGGGGACUGAACCGCAAAGCUGUCCACGCAUCAAGAAACCUGGAUUUAAAAAAUGAAUUUUAUGUUGAUUUACCUGCUUCCCCCCCCCCCCCCCCCCCCCAGCACAUUCCAUGAGAGCAAAUGUUAUUCUGUCUCAAAUUUUCAGGUGCUGAUUUGUGAAAUUUUUGGCGGGAAAUUUCAUUAACCCUGUAAGGUGGGGUGGUCGCCUGUACCUGGAAAUAUGCUAUUAAGAAAUUGAAAAUGAACUAAGAAAAGUAGCUCCUUAACUUCUAACCUGAGUUAAAUUUUUAAUUUAAUUUAACUAAUUUAUUGCUUUUUUGAAUGAAAUAUUCCUGAAUCUUAACCUUGCAUCAGUACAGAAUUUUUAAACCUAUUUGCUAUUUAUUUCAUUAGAACCUCUGAGAUAUGGUUCUCAAAAACAAACAUAGAUAGUACCGGUAAUUCCAAAUUAUUUAAUCCAAACAAGCACAUCAUAUCAAAAACCAGCGAGCCAGUAAUAAAAUAUUAUAAUCCUGGAUUAAUUACUUGAAUUAUUAGUGUUUAUAUGUAAUUGUUUACAUGAAGUUUAUUACAUUCUAUGAUAGUCGCAAUCUAUUCUCUGAGGGAAAUCUACUGAGAGAUUUGAUAACCACCAAACACGAUGUCAAAUUAACAAUGAAUAAAACGGUGAUGAGCGUUUAGUUUGAAUUCUCUUGCUGGAACUGAAAAGUCACUCGCGGCUUUCACUACUACAUUUGCAGAAGACGUAUAAACAGGAAUACAGAUUGUUAAUUUUAAAUAUGAAUAUUUUGUAUUGUUUGAAGUUCCAAACUUU